AUGGCCCGCGUGGCGCCGCCGUUGCUUUACAAGGCUUCGAUGGCCGCGGCUCCCACAACCUCUUCAUCCAGAUUGCGUUCGACGCGCUGGAAAGUUUGCGCGGCGCUCAUCACCAUCAUCAUGAACGGGGACUCGCUUGAUCGCAACCAGGACAACGCCGGCGACCUGAAGAUCAACACGUUCAACCACAACGGGUAUAAGAACGUCGACCUCAGGAUCUACGAAGACGGCGCCCCGCCCCUGCCCGCCUCUCACCUGGGGCGUACGCCAGCUAUGUUUGAGUCGCUCGCGGAUCCCGAGGCCGUUGUAUUUAAAAAGAUGCGAGUGACCAACUCCAGAGCUGAACUACUCGUCCGCCGGCUUCGCCAGUGGCAGCGCUACGCCGCCUACCCCGACGACAGCCGACAAUCUUUGGCCACGAUCUUCGGGAUCCUCGACGGUCUUGAUGAGGAGGCUACAGCUUUCCUGCGCGACGGCUCGAUGAGCCCGACAGCCAACCCCUGGGCUCAACAAGUGCAGGAAGACCUCCAGGCCCCCGGGUACCUCGAAGGGGGGCCUGCGUUCUUGGAGGCGUACUCG